GCGAUCUCCAAGCCAAGUGCGCAUGUCGGCGAUUGUGACCGAGUACCUGGCCGAGUUUGACGCGUUGGCCGAGGCCAUCGACGGCGCGCUGCUGGCGGCGUCUGUAGAGCGCCGAGGCCGAGAUGCGGCGACAGCCGCGAUGGUGACCGAAGCCAGCGAGCUGGUAGACCCGGCUGCAGCCAUGCGCAACGUGGUGCGUCUUGAGCCUACUAACACCAUGCGCGUAGAUGCAACAAACUCAGCUGCAUUUGCGCAGCCUGAAUGUGGCUGCGCGGCGGCCGUUUGCCGACAAGAUCCUGCGCAACGCGGCGCGCCUCGCCGCUUGGUCCGAGCCGCCGCAGGAUGACAGGAGCGAGCUCGUUGGCGACGCUGCGAUGCGCCGUCGUAUGCAAGGCGCAACGCAGACGUUGCGGCGCACGGGCGACCUCAUUGCAGCGGCGCAGAGCAGCGUGCUUGAGGCCGAGGCCACAGGUAGACCAUAUCCUCGGUUGUUCGUUGUACGACGCUUGGCGAUGAUGCGCUUCGCAGGCCAUGCGAUCCAAGCCGAGCUCAGCCGGAACCGCGAAACACUCGAGCAUACGCAGGCCAAGGUCUCGGCAGUCAAUGCGAUGGCGCAGGCCAGCGACGCGCUCCUCACACGCAUGACGUCGCGCUGGUCGUUUUGGCGAACAUGAACGUUGAUAUUGCCCUUUUAUAUUUCCUGUGUUGAA